AUGCGUCUUCCACCCUUGUUGCACGUCGAGAUGCUACUUCGCAUGAUCCUGAUUCACCGGGCAUCAGCUGACUCGUCACAAGGAUACCUACUGGCCAUGUCCGUUCAUUUACAGUCGCUGCCAUUGACCUGCUUUCUUCUGGCAGCAGGUGCUGAUCCCACGUUGAAGCGCAGUAUCGCUCUGCACAUUGCAGCAAAACGAGGAGACCUCUCUUCCUUGCGUCUAAUGGUAGAGCGGGAUGAUAUUAUCGAAUAUCAAUGGCGCUCUCGUCUGCGCGCUAUCGUGGAAGACUUACGCGCACUAGAAAAUACCCGCUUUUAUGGCAAUUUCGAGAGAGGACCUCAGAAGACGUUACCCGCCCUGGGUGCUACGCCGGUCAAACGCCGACGCUUGACCGAUCGAUGCCCCUUGGAGCCUUCGCUUUUUAAGUCAGCCAUCGGGGUAAAAGCCUGGGAUAUCGUGGCUUACCUGAUGCAUACCAAAGGCCUUAUACCCGAUGUCGAUACCCUUCGCAUGAUAGAUACCUAUGGUAUGUCGUAG